GGAACGCUCAGACGCCGCGCAGGGCGGGGAUUGGCCCGCUCCCUUCCUGUGCGUUCGCUGCCGCGGUUCCUGGGACACCUGCUCACGGUGCCCCGUGCGGUGCUCAGCUCCCAACUUGAGCUCCGCGGCGCGGGGAGAAAGGCCUUGCGUCCCCGGCCUCCGACAGGAACCGCGCUGAGUGUUCUUAGGGCAAGAUGAGCGCGGACGGGGCGGCCGGGGAACCCCUGCCCCGGCUCUGCUGCCUGGAGAAGGGUCCGAACGGCUACGGCUUCCACCUGCACGGGGAGAAGGGCAAGGUGGGCCAGUUUAUCCGGCUGGUGGAGCCCGGAUCUCCGGCCGAGAAGUCGGGGCUGCUGGCCGGGGACCGACUGGUGGAGGUGAACGGCGAGAAUGUGGAGAAGGAGACGCAUCAGCAGGUGGUGAGCCGCAUCCGCGCUGCGCUCAACGCCGUGCGCCUGCUGGUGGUCGACCCCGCGACAGACGAGCAACUCAAGAAGCUGGGCGUCCCGAUCCGGGAGGAGCUGCUGCGCGCCCCCAAGUCCGAACAAGCCGAGCCUCCGGCCGCCGCUGACGCGCAGGCUACGGACCAGAAUGAGGCCCAAAAGAGCCACCUGGGACGGCGAGAGCUCCGGCCUCGGCUCUGCACCAUGAAGAAAGGCCCCAAUGGCUAUGGCUUCAACCUGCACAGCGACAAGUCUAAGCCAGGCCAGUUCAUCCGAGCAGUGGACCCAGACUCGCCGGCAGAGGCCUCUGGACUCCGGGCCCAGGACCGCAUUGUGGAGGUCAAUGGUGUCUGCAUGGAGGGCAAGCAGCAUGGGGACGUGGUGUCUGCCAUCAAGGCUGGAGGGGAUGAGGCCAAGCUGCUGGUGGUGGACAAGGAGACGGAUGAGUUCUUCAAGAAGUGCAAAGUCAUCCCGUCACAGGAACACCUGGAUGGCCCCUUGCCUGAGCCCUUCACCAACGGAGAGAUACAGAAGGAGAGCAGCCGUGAAGCCCUGGCAGAGGCAGCCUCAGAGAGCCCCAGGCCAGCCCUGGCAAGAUCUGCCUCCAGCGAUACCAGUGAGGAGCUAAAUUCCCAAGACAGCCCCAAGCGACAGGCAUCCACAGAGCCCUCAUCUACCUCCUCCUCCUCCGACCCCAUCUUGGACUUCAACAUCUCCUUGGCUGUGGCUAAAGAGAGGGCCCACCAGAAGCGCAGUAGCAAGCGGGCUCCGCAGAUGGACUGGAGCAAGAAAAAUGAACUGUUCAGCAACCUCUGAACACCCGGCCACCCAACCUAGCUGCCCCUCCUCCCCAAUAGCCCGUCAAUCAACAUUCAAAUCAGCAUAUCCCUACCCACGCACACUUCCUGAUGAAUCUGAUUUUCCUAGGAAUUCUUGCCCACCUUAGAAAAAGGGGAAGGUUUCUGUCCUGUCCCCUUACUCCUCCCUGAGAACUUCAUUCUACCAGGUGUCCCCUCACCGGUCUGCCUAGGACAUCACCGGGACCAGCACCAAGCAUGGACCUUUGGACCAGACAAGAAGUCCUCUCUCGACUACAUGUGACAACCGAGUCCAGGGCUGAUCAGGGUCUGACGGUUGCAGCCAUUGCUCAUAAGGGCCAAGGUGCCUGCCUUCUGAGGUCCUCAAAGCUAUGGCUUGGCCUUCUUCGGUCCAUUUGAGCAUUUAAUUUUUUUUUUUAAGAGUGUAGUAUUACAGAGUUUAGAGGGGCUCUUCUUUUAAUGAUUCUUAUGAUUUUCCUGGUUGUUUGUACCCAGAGCAUGACAACAGCCUCAUCCUUAAAUUUUUGUUUCUACUCACUCUGAAUAACCUGGGCAGCACGGGGAAGCCCUGGCUGCCUCUGCCUGUCCUGAGCCAGGUGCCAUCACUGUAAGGACAUGCCUUCAGAAAUCCACUGGUUCCUUUACACUGCU